UUUGACGUUCAGGCCCUUCUAGUGUCUCAAUCUUGUUUGCAUGCUGUCUCGUAAUUCUCAGGCUUCCACGCCCGGCCCCUGGAUUUUUAUUCUUCCGUUCAGAAUUGGCAUCCGGAUCCCUGCUAGAGACCGGGCUUUCCGACCCUCUCAAUUUUCAGUUCCCCAUGCUGUCUGAAUUCCUCACCCGUCCUGAGCUCAUGUUUCAGCCUCUCUUUUUCAGCUCAGAUUUUCCCGUUUUACCGCUGCUUACCUGGAUCUCACUUCCACGGCGUUAGCCUGCGGCUCAAAUUGUCCCGCAGGCCUUCCCCCGUCACCAGACUCAGCAUUCCCCUACGUCCCUUCUUGCCUGGCCUCUCAUCUGCCUUACCUGUUUUUCUCAGUCUGAUUGUUUAUCUCUCCUUGAUACAAAGGUCUUCCUUGGAUUUCAAAAGUUUCAGGUCUUAGCAUACAUUCUCUGAGGCAGCUGUUUUACAUUAUGGACCCCAGACGUGACAGGGCUUCCGGGGCUGAUUACCAGAUAGUCUCUUUGAUCUUUAUAGGUCUUCAAAGCUUCACCUUUCUCCAAAGGCAGAUGUGAAGAACUUGAUCUCUUACGUGGUGACCAAGACAAAAGUGAUUAAUGGGAAAUACCAUCGUUUCUUGGGUCGUCAUUUCCCCCGCUUCUAUGUCCUGUAUACAAUCUUCAUGAAAGGCAGGAUUGCAGAUGUUAUGGGCUGAUGCCAGAAAGGCUAGAAGGAUAAAGACAAAUAUGUGGAAGCACAAUAUAAAGUUUCAUCAACUUUCAUACCGGGAGAUGGAGCAUUUGCGACAGUUCCGUCGAGACGUCACCAAGUGUCUUUUCCUAGGUAUUAUUUCCAUUCCACCCUUUGCCAACUACCUGGUCUUCUUGCUAAUGUACCUGUUUCCUAGGCAACUGCUGAUCCGACAUUUCUGGACCCCAAAGCAACAAAUUGAUUUCUUAGAUAUCUAUCAUGCUCUCCGGAAGCAGUCCUACCCAGAAAUCCUUUGUUAUUUAGAAAGGGUUGCCCCUCUCAUUUCUGAUGCAGGACUCCGGUGGCAUAUGACAGAGCUGUGCACCAAGAUGCAACAUGGUACCCACCCAGCAGUACAUGAUAUCCUGGCUCUGAGAGAGUGUUUCUCUAACCAUCCUCUGGGCAUGAAUCAACUCCAUGCUUUGCAGAUGAAAGCCUUGAGUCGAGCCAUGCUUCUCACACCCCAUCUGCCUCCUGUCGUGUUGAGACACCGUUUAAAGACUCAUACCACUGUGAUUCACCAACUGGACAAAGCUUUGGCAAAGCUGGGGAUUGGCCAGCUGACUGCUCAGGAGGUGAAGUCGGCUUGUUACCUUCGUGGCCUGAAUUCUACCCAUAUUGCUGAAGAGAGGUGUCGAACUUGGCUGGGAGAAUGGCUGCAGAUUUCCUGCAGCCUGAAAGAAGCUGAGCUGUCCCUCUUGCUACACAACGUGGUCCUGCUUUCCACCAACUACAUUGGGACAAGUCGCUGAGCGAACACGGAGCGGAUGGCAUUGUCCUGCAGUCACAGAGCACAGCAGCGUGGGACCAAACAGCACUUGUCAGCAAAGAGUCUGUGUGCACUGUUAGGUGUGUGGGAGGGAGAGGGGCGGGUGUCACAGGCUUCACAGCGCGGUGCCCACGUGGGAGCUGAAACUGAAAGAAAGUCUCUUCCCAGGGUGGCGCACGUGAGGUGUCAUCCCAGCUUCCUCCGAAUUUGCUGGAGCUGGCAGCAGCCUCUGAACUAGGCUUUUACUGUGAUGUUUUAAGUUCAGAUCCCAGGAAAUGAGCUUUUGCUGCAGGUGGGAAUCCUCAUUUGGUCUAGGACUUACCCACUGCCAUAUUUACAGCUGUUUUUGUUCACAACAGUUUCUGGCUGGUGAGGGGAGCAGCACUACUUAAACUGGAGCACUUCCAUCAUGCAUGUGCUCUGGUGCUCCCCUCAACACUUUCCAAUAUGACCAAAAAUAGGAAUUUUAUUUUUGUUCCCUUCACUGGGCUAACCACGUCCCCCUUUUUUCAAAUCCUUUAAACAUCUUAAGUUUCUGUUUUGUUUUAGUGAAUAACUUAUGGGUACAUCCUAAUGGAAAAAAGGAAAUACAAGUGCUUCUUGAGCCCUUCCCCAAGUGUUCACAGCCUUCACCCGCCUUGUCUUAAUUUCUGGGCAGUGCUCCAGCCCUCGUGGAUCUUAAACUCUUUGCUACCUCCACUGUGUUGCAGCAAUCCGACUGUAACUGACAGUGGCUGCCUUCUUUGGGCCAUGGAUCAAUCCUGUAAGGUACUAAUUACUGCCCAGCCCGGAGACCAGGAGAGGUCUACACUGAGAUUGUAAGUUGGGGUCAGGUUUUGUCUAUGUAUAUCAGUGACCUGUAGUAACUUAUUGUAAAUGCAUGGAGCACCCUUUAUAAACUCAAGUAAAGACUACCUGAAACCA